AUGCCAUCCACAGUUGUGAAUACAAUCCUCCAUUUUGGCUCCUCCUCCACAGGGCUGCCUGACCCCUUUGCCAAAGUGGUGGUGGAUGGCUCGGGGCAAUGCCACUCCACGGACACCGUGAGGAACACGCUGGACCCCAAGUGGAACCAACAUUACGACCUGUAAGUUACCAGGGAAGACUCUAUACUGGGGGACCGCCUGAGACCAAUAAACCCUUGUUUCACCAUGUAUUCCUUGUUCCAGCUUGUCUCAGCAAUUUAUCCUUUCAGAUCUACAAAAGUGCCUAGUAGGAAGUAGUAGCAUAACCUCGUCCCCAGGGAGAACGGCUGGUGUGUGAGACUAAGAAAGUAGGGACUAGGGUCUGGAUUAAACCACUUCCUAUAAUGGAUGCCAAAGAACCACAGACAACUGCGAACACAACCUCCAUGUUGACUAUGGUUUUCAACAUUAUCACUGGUCUGGUUUUAUUGCCUAAGCUGUGGCGUCUCCAAUCUCCAUGCGCUGCUAUGAUAAGCGUGCAAGGAAUGCAGCAGGUUACCCUCCCUUCCCGUGCUAAUGUGCAGGAACACCCACCAUAAACCAUUUGAGGCCUUUUGACUGUCCGAAAUGGCACCCUAUUCCCUAUGUAGUGCACAACUUUUCACUAAAGGCCUGGUCAAAAGUAGUGCACUAUAUAGUGACUAGGGUGCCAUUUCAGACGAAACCCUAGUCUAACCAUUGGGACUGUCCGACUGAAAUGAGCCAUGUGUUGUGAAUGUUGAGCUGCAAGCGUAACAUGCUGUUCUUGGGAGUAAUCACCACAGGACCCAAAGGACCUACUGGCAAUGAGUUACAGGAGGGGUGAGAGAGGGAAAAGAGGGAUGUAGAGGGAGAAGAGGAGAGGAGAGAAAGCUAGACAUGAGGAGAGAGGUGUGUGUGUGUGUGUGUUACAAAGCAUAGGGAAACUAUGCAGAGAUAUUGGGAUGUGGGUGUCUUGUCACCAAACCACUAUGCACAGAUUGAAUAAUACAGGGAAUGUGGGUUACAUCAUUAAUUAGUUCCCCAAAAAAGAAGGAAAAAAAACAUUACGUUUGACACUGCGGAGGGAAGACAUAUUUGUCCGUCUCUCGCUGUGUGUGUGCAUGUUUGUCUGUGUGUGUGUUUUGCAUGCUUGUGUGUGUGCUUACACACCUGCCCCCCCCCCAAUGCUUGUCUUCUUCAAACACUCUCCUCUCCACUGGUCCUGAGGGAGUCUCCCCUGCCAGUGACCCCUGACCCCAGGGCUCUGUCACAGGAAAUGGCUGACAUGCCAAGGAGCACAAGCCACAGAUUGAGCCUUCAGCCCCAGCCCCAGCCUGUUGGCUGGCAGGUUACCACUGCUCUCCACACCUCCCUCCUCCACACCAGGCCAAGCUAAGUGCUCAGCACACAGCCAACCCAGCAGCCCACUCUCUGUGGGUCUGCUACUGUAGUGUAGUGUAACCCCCUCUGGACUACAGACCAUUACAGUUACUGCAGAACACAUUCUUCAUCCACCCUACAUGUGCACGUUCACUUCCCUUUAUGGAAGGGACUGUACUGGUGUAAGAAAUACACCAAUCCAAUGCUUUUAUUUUUAAGUGCAUGGGGUUGAGUGUAUGAGUGUACACUUUAAAGAAAUAGGGCACAGUCAGGGAGUGUGUGACACCCACAAAUUGACUAGUGCUUGUGUACUGCAAAACUCAGGCUGAGUUUUGUUGUUGCAGUUUUCACUAAUACAGUCAGUGAUUUUGCAAUUAUAGCGUAACUUAUGUAGCUAUAUGUUUGCAGACAGAGGCCAUUAAACCAGAAAAGAGAGAGAAGUCAAAAUAUGUAUUAGUUACAGACAGUGUUUGGAGCUUGAGGAGCAUACAGUCUGCCUCGCUCUGUUUUCAUAUUCACUGCAUCAACGCCUGCAGCAAGACAGGCGGCAUUAGAGUACCAGGUCAUGUAGCUCCCAAUGUGAUGCUAAUGGGAAUGCUAAUGCACUGUAUAUCCCUUAGGCAAGCUAGAGACGUCAUGAAUAGUAAAGGGGUUGUUUUAGAGCACAAGGCCCGUAAGCGCUCUCGCUGCCCUCUGUAGGAACCAAUCUGGGUGUAGAUGUGACCCAUUUUAGCUUCAUACUGUAUGUUCGAGCCCUUGAUCAAUGUAUAUAGUAGAAGGUGGUAUUUCAUAUUUCUAUAGAGAAGUUAAUUGAUACGAUUGACGGUUGUAUUUUUCAGAGGCCUUGAUUGGUAAAAACCCAUUCACGCUCCUUCUCUCACUGCACCAACCACGCUAUUCUCCUCACCAGCCUCCUCCCCUCUCUCCCUCCCUGGUUCCCUAAUCGCCCGUCCCUCUCGGCCCAGGAAACCCAGAGCAGGUGGCCGCCGUGCUGUCAUAUCCCAGAAGGCAGAGCUGGUCUCGCCAGCCGUCAGGGGAGGAAGUGUGACAGUGUCGUCUGCCAGUCUGUCUGGGCCGUUGAUUAGUCUAGAUGUCUAUAUCUAGCCUCAUUAAAUUUAAACCAGUCGGGGCUGGCAGACUGGCGUGACUGGGCACCUACUGGCAUGACUAAGAUGUCUCCCAUUGUGGCACCCCAGCUCACCAGUCACCAUUAGUCACAAACCAGUGAAUUGGCCAAACUUGAUGCAUCAUCAGCCUAGAAACUGAUCUAAGGCCAGUUUUGAGUGUUCCACCUUAAUGGUUGAGGUAAGGGAUUUGGGAGAGUAAACUGAUCCGAGAUCUGUGACUAUGGCAUACUUACACCCACUGGAAAUGAAGAGCUCUUCAGACUAGCUAGACUGAGGCUCUAUAAGUAAUACUUACCUCAUAUACUGUGGUGUUAUCAUAUAGCUAUAAUUAGCCGUAUGCACGGACAAGUGGUUUUCCUUCUCUCUCUCUGUGGUUUUUUUUCUCCUCCUUCAUUUACUGCGGUAAGCACUGUUCUAAUCACCAGCUCUACCUGCAAAGCCAGACGGUACAUGGUUUCACAAAUGUGUGUGCGCGUGCUUGUGUGUUUGUGACUGUGUGUGUGUGUGUGUGUACACGUGUGUCUUGCUCAAGUCAUUUUGAGUGAGGAAAUUGUGUUUACCUGUCCUCAUUUUCAAAGCCCCAGACGCUAGGUCACUGUCUGUUAUGCUCUCUCAUUUCCCCUUAAACGCAGCCUGGGUUUGAACACACACACCAAAUCAUGUUGUUGGCCCAUGCAUUAUGACCACAGCAUAGAGGUGGAAUAACUUGGCUUAGUUUGAAGCCUUUAUCCGAAUCUAGAUAAGACACCAGGCGGAAAUUUCAACCCACAAUGCAAGCAAGGCUUUUAAUAUAAAAAAACAGAUUAGAUUUAAUGUGCUUAGAUUAAAGUUUUAUUUCAUUUCUGUCCAUCACUCCUUUAAAGACAGAACAAUGCAAAAAGACAUAUGCCUCUUUGGAAACAUUUAAUUUGUUCUCCAGUCAUCAGUUUCCAGUGAUAUUAGUAUCAGAUAUUUGAGCAGACUUGUCUAUUGACAAAAGGAGACACUGAGUGAGCAAAUUUUAAAACUGACUAGACAUCCUCUCCCCACUCCCUAUUACAGUAUGGGCUAUGUGCAUUUUCUAGGUGCGUUCUGGGAAACCCCUCUCCUGGAAACCCUUCUCUUCAUGAUAUAUACGUACCCAUGGAAGAGGGCUGAGUAGGCAGCAGUGUUGGGAAAGCUGUAAUUAGACCAGUCGGUGUGUGUGUUUACUGUAAGUGGUGGGAGACUGUGGUGCAGGAGAGAGAGAGGAGACUAGGGGUUCUCUUCUCUGAUUCAUGAUGACUAGGCUGACCUUAUAGCCAGACAAGCAGCUUCAUCAUCGUCAUCAUGGACAGUUGGCACACUGUAGUUAUAGAAGAGUCAUUUAGACCUCAUGACCCCUCCAUACGUUCUCUGUGAUGUGACUGCGUGUACACACUUUCUUUAGUAGGUCCUCCUCUUCAGUGGAAUGUAUGUAAGUGCAGGUGUGUGUAUGAGAUGUCCGUCUCUCCCUAAUAGCUUCGCUGUUUCCCUGGGAUAAUGACUCAGCGCUCCAAAAGCACAGUGAUGAGACGGACAGGCCCACUCAGUGUUAUAAGCAAUGUAUUUAAAGAUCUUAAAUGAUGCACAUUAAAGAGUCUCUCUCUCUCUCUCUCUCUCUCUCUCUCUCUCUCUCUCUCUCUCCUGUCUCUCUCUCUCUCCUGUCUUUCUCUCUCCUGUCAUCCACAGGUACAUUGGGAAGUCUGACUCCAUCACCAUCAGUGUGUGGAACCACAAGAAGAUUCACAAGAAGCAGGGGGCCGGCUUCCUGGGCUGUGUCCGCCUGCUCUCCAACGCCAUCAACCGCCUCAAAGACACCGGCUGUAAGUGUACUGUGUGUGUGUGCGUUCGAGCAUGUAUUAGAGCAAGAAUGUAUGUUUGCACGUUUUAGCAAAAAUGUAUGUGAACGUGUGAGUGUGCUUUACACAGUGCGUGUCUGUCUGGAGGUGGUCUCAGUCUAGUGUGAGACAGCAGAAAACCUCCCAACGAUUACUCAAACACAGACACACAUUCCCCCCUCUAGUCAUCACUAUUUCACUCCUAUUACGCAGCGCAUGGUCUGAUUUAUAGACCACAUCAAAGACAAGACAGGCUUCUAUCCUGCCCCACUGCCUAGAAGGCCCUAUUACACACACACACACACACACACACACACACACACACACACACACCUGCCAUUAAACCCUAUUGAUUGACGGCCAUAUGGGAGUCUGGCACUGUCGCUGUCCCGCUCUGCCCACUCCCUCCCUGGGUAUCAGGUGCCAGUCUGGCUGGCUAGGGCACAGAGCUUGUUGCCGCUGCCUGGCCUGGUGAGACGGACGCCAUCGAGAGCGGGAUAGGGGGCUCCUGGGAUUUGGGUGUCUCGCCCAUGCCUGGCGCUGCCAGCUCAAACACACUCCCCGGGGUUUCCACCUCUGUAGCGUGAAGGGAAACACACACACACACACACACACACACUCGUCCUGCUGUCUCUUCAGACACAGACUAACUGUAUGUGAAGUAGACGUACUGUCUCCCUUUUCUACGCUUGCAGUGACAGCUUCUUUAUGAGUACUUACUGGAAAGUGUAUUUCCUUUGUUUUACCUGGCUUGUUAGCAGUUAGCUGCUGCAUUCAGACUGGGUCCCAUCCCGACUGCUAUCAUUAGCAGUGAGCAACCAUAGGUAUAAAGCAUUGCCUUUUUCAGCAAGCUAUAACAGUCAACAGUUAAAGAUGCUAGCUAGGCUGUUAAACUAGCUGUCUCCACUUACAGUAUAUUGCCUAUCAAACUGCCAUACCUUCCUCACCCUCCAUCUAUAGUAUAUCUGUAUAUCUAUCUAGACCACUCAGUGGUUUUCUCCCUAAGUGGUUUAGAAUAGAGGCCAUAACUGGCUGUGACAAUGAGAGUCCUCUAGAAAAUGUCAGUCAGACAGUGUGGCACUAAAGCCAGUCAGUAUGGGUCGAUGCUGCUGAUGUAGACAAGAAGUGGACAACAAGGGAGACAGGCUGUCGCAGGGCACCAGUCCUCACAUAACCCUCCCCCCGCCCGCCUGUCUGUCUGUCUGUGGUCCAGCCACCACAGUCUCUAGGGGCCUCUUCUUCUUCUGCUAACAGUCUGGCCCGCUACAGCUCUACCACUUCCUGUACUAUAACUUAUUGUAGCAUCAUACAAACACACACACGCACUGACACAAACCUCAGAGCCCUUUGUCCUAGUUACAAAUUGCAGGCCUCGGGAUUCUAUCCUUUUGUUUUUGUCUUAUUUUACCAUUGUUUAUUUAAACUGGUUUUGGUGCGUCUGUGAUGGAGGACAGUAUGUAUAGAAUGUAUACAUGGAUCAGUAAUAUUUGUAUUAUAUCGGCUAUGCACGGUCUGGGUGGCAAGACUUGUAUACAGAGAGACAUAUACUGUUGAUACACUGGUAAUUAAGCCUACAUAUGUUGUAUAGAUAGUGUAUUUGUUGUGGUAGUUUUGGUUCAUGUACCCUUUUUAUUCCCCUGCUCUUUCCUUUCGUCUGAGCCUGUCCCCCCUCCCCCCUUUUCCUUUAGUUUUUUUAAAUGCACCUUAGAUGUUUGCAGGCCAGGAUACAGUUCCACUUAGUGUCUUUUUUCCUCUUCUGAAAGCUGCUUACUAUUCCAGCCUUGUAACCCUUUAGACCGCCCCUGUUUAGUCUAGACGCGUAUCCGGAACAGAUCCCUGAUCCACAGUACAGUGCUGUCUGUCAGGAAGACACUGGUGAGCGGAUGGUCUCACUACCCCGUCUCCCAUAGUCUGGAUACAACCUAGGGUGUACUCCCCCUGACCCAGACCAAAGAGUUAGCUAAUAGGAGCUGACAUUUACAUCUAGAAUGUCUUAGGAUGAGUAGAGGGAGAGCAGCUACGGCUGAUUUGGGAUCAGGUUUUAACCCGCACUGUGAAAUGGAGACCCCUCUACUACUGUAGGCCUCCUUCCAUUGGCUGACAGUCUUGUUCAUAGGCAGAUUUGAUGUAGUUUUCUGACUAUCUUAGUCUUCAUCUUUUCAUAUUUCUCUUGUUGUCCACGGUAUGAACGUUUUCUUCCCCUCUUGUUUUGAAGGGAGAGUGGUAUGUUGUAUGAGGAUUUAUUAUUAUUUUUAACCCUUAUUUUACCAGGUAAGUUGAUUAAGAACAAAUUCUGAUUUACAGCAAUGACCAGGGGAAUAGUUACAGGGGAGAUGAAUGAGCCAAUUGGAAGCUGGGGAUGAUUAGGUGGCCAUGAUGGUAUGAGGGCCAGAUUGGGAAUUUAGCCAGGACACCAGGGUUAACACCCCUACUGUAAGUGCCAUGGGAUCUUUAGUGACCACAGAGAGUCAGGACUCCAGUUUACUGUCCCUCCGAAAGACGGCACCCUACACAGGGCAAUGUCCCCAAUUACUGCCCUGGGGCAUUGGGAUCUUUUUUUGGACCAGAGGAAAGAAUGCAUCCUACUGUCCCUCCAACACCACUUCCAGCAGCAUCUGAUCUCCCAUCCAGGGACCGACCAGGACCAACCCUGCUUAGCUUCAGAAGCAAACCAGCAGUGUGAUGCAGAUUGGUAUGCUGCUGGCUGGUAUGGUGUUGCAUGGGAUGGUGUGGUGUUGCAUGGGAUGGUGUUGUUCUUGUGGUGAUGACAUAACGGUGUGGUAAUAGCAGUGUUUGUCUUGUCCUUACUCAAUACUAAGGGCAGACGGAUAGAAAGCUUGUCGAUGUCACUUUUGAAAUUCCCUUGGGGAAAAAUAGAGCUUUGAUAAGUUAUUCUUUGCUCAUUAAAUUGUUCUCUUCUAACCCCACAGAUCAGAGACUGGACCUGAAUAAGCUGGGCCCCAAUGACAACGACACAGUGAGAGGCCAGAUAGUUGGUGAGUAGAUCUGUGUAUAGUGUUCUGAACCGCACACAAGCACGCGCACACACAAGCACGCACACACAGAAGCACGCACACACACAAAAGCAGACUUUGGUCCGAGGAGCAGACGUGUGGUUCUGUCUGACACAACCACAGGUCUGCUGGAUGUUUCGCCACUAUCAUCAGUCUAUCUGAAAGGAAAGCCAUGUCUGUCUGAGGAGCUCGUUUCUCAGUAAAACCACCUUUGACCUCUUAGGUUUCCACAGAGUCUGUUUGCUCAACACAGACAGGAUCCGGUGUCUCGAUACUCUGGGUUGACCUCACCACACACUGCUUUUAGUGUUUUCCAGACGAUGUGACCUGACCAGGAAGAACUCUGAGCCCUGGUUCAACUAGGGUCGAGAGUUUCCCUCGGUCAGGUUACGGUUAGGAUAAUCUCAUUCUCAUGGCCUUAGUUAUACAGCAUUACAUGAUAUUGGUCUAACUGCUGCUGUUGUCUCCUGUCUCCAGUGAGUCUACAGUCCAGAGACCGUAUCGGCACAGGAGGCCCCGUGGUGGACUGCAGCCGUCUGUUUGAUAAUGAUUUACCUGAUGGGUAAGGGCUCCUGAUGUAUCUUAUGACUAAAGCUACAUUAUGUACCCGUUUGCGUGUAUCCAAUGAGCUUAAAGGCUCUGCGUGGUCAAUCAGGCGUCUGCAUUGGCCGUACAGCAUUUACGGCGAUACUGCCUCUGCAGAAGUCAGGGCUUUCAUACUUCUUGCACUUUGUGUAGCAGAGCUGUUGAGCAUAACUGUUGUCAAGGAAGUGAGUUUGUGUUUAUACAGGACCUCCUGCCCCCACCUACCAUCAACCAGUCAUGUCAAUGCGGCACUAUACGGAGCCCUCUGCAUUGUUACAACAUUUAUGAGGAGCUCGAUUUGGCCUCUGCAAGCCUCCGGAGGCUCCGCAAUUGCGUCACACCCUCCGUACGGAGCCUCCGGACCGCAUUGCCAGAUCAAGCAUAAAUCCGCUAUUAGAUUUACAUCGUUUUCUUACGUAGAGAUAGUUAUUUGUUAUUGUAUAAGGUUUAGCUUGAAAGUAGAUCUGAAUCUGGUUGGAAUAGGGGUAUAUUGAAUCUGGUUGCAAAAUGCAAAUGGGAAUACUUGUUCCUUGGUCUGUUGCUCACUGUGUCGGUCUUGCUGUGUGUCUGUCUGUAUCAGCUGGGAGGAGCGGAGGACAGCCUCUGGUCGGAUCCAGUACCUAAACCACAUCACACGCACCACACAAUGGGAGAGGCCCACCAGGUACGUCAACACACAUACACACACACACACCUACCUUUGCACCAGAUAGAAUCCCCCUCGGCAGCUACUGACCCUGGAGUGCUGCCAACAUCCAGCAGACCGUUUGUUCACACACUGAGUACCAAAGGUCAAAUCCAUCAUCUGUAAUUUCCAUAAAUAGUCCAGACACUCUUUAUAAUACAACAUCAACCUCCCUCUUCACCUCUAGCCUGUUUAUUAGAAUAUUUUCCUUACGUUGCCCUAAAAAAGGGCACACAUCCUCUCCAACUAAGUCCUAAGGGAAACAGUUGGUUAUAUGCCACAACACAACAUCAACAAGCUUGUCUAGUAGUAUAUUGUGCCUCACUGCCCCAGAAAAUAGGCCAUCCAUGCACUAUUGUAAAAGGAAAACAAAACAGUCACUGGGUAGCCUAAUGAGGGAGUUCCUAUCAAUUUCCUGAAAGGCUCAGCCCCCUAAAUAGGGCCAGCCAGGUUUGGCUUGGCCCACCUUUCUCCUGGAACAACUGUCGCCUUCCUUACAGGGCACCCGUAUCAGUGGAGCCGAUAGGGAAGUAAGCAGACAAAUAAAUAACCGCUCUGGAGCUGGCCUUCCUAUUUUGCUUUAAGCGGGCUGGGGAGGGGGGAGGGGUGUGCUGUUGGAUGGUGGGAUUGGGUUAGGGGAGAGGAGGUGGGUGAGGCAGGGGUUAAGGUGGGGUUGGGGGGGGGUUUGUCGAAGGAGAUAACCAAGGCGUCAGUGGCCCUGGAUGGCCAGACAAAGUGGUCUGGGGGAGUGGAGGGGGGCUCUCUCUCUCUCGUCUCCUCUCCUUUACUCCCUCCCCUUUGACCAGUCGUCUUAUCAGUUGUUUUCCUGCCACUCAUAGACUAGACUGCCACUGAGACACACACACAGGCAGGGGGACGAACACAGUCCGACGCCGUUACACGUCACACACACACACACACACAAACAAUACCCCAUCAAAUGUGCACACUUACUUAGAUAUUAUCUCAACCUCUGUGUCCCCCCUCCUUUCCAGGCCGGCGUCUGAGUACUCCAGCCCCUCCGGGCGGCCCCUCAGCUGCGUGGUGGAUGAGAACACGCCGGUCAUGACCCCCAACGGGGCGGCCAUCGGUGUGCUGCCCAGCAGUGGCAGUGACCCGCGGGUCCAGGAGAGACGCGUCCGCUCCCAGAGACACAGGAACUACAUGAGCAGGACCCACCUCCACACCCCGCCGGACCUGCCAGAGGGAUACGGUGAGACACACAAAAAAAAUGAACAUACUUGCAUACAAAGACCUGCAUACAAACAUAUACACUAACACACACAUUCACAUAACUAAUGUAUAAACAUUAAUUUUCACACAGCCUGACCUGCCUGGGGGAUAUGGUGGUCAAGUGAUGUGGUUACAGAAACACACACGUGCGUGCACACACACACACACACACACACACACACACACACACACACACACACACACACACACACACUAGCCUACAAACCCGCAUAAACCUACCCAAGGGAUAUGGAGAGGGCAGAGGACAGGGGUGCACUCAGACACACACAACACCCUCUGCCUAACCUACCUAAGGGAUAUGUGUACAGUUACUCAUUAUCGGGGAGAGAGAGACACAUGGUCGCUCACUCAGCCAGCAUGAUGUGCCAAAGGCUUCUGUAAGCACAGUCACAUGCUUACAUAAACACCCAUACACACACCUCAACUGACCUGACUCAGAGUUACAGUGAGCAGGUCACACACACAUGUACGCACACAUGAACACGCACACACACCGUAAUUCUCAGUGAAAGGAAUUAGUGGACCUUGCAGUAUCCAUGUAGCAGGGGUAAUACCAGGUCAAAGAUGGCUUUGUUAUCAGCCUUUGAGAGUGUAGUACAACAAUCUCCCUGCUGCUACAACCACAGCCUUCCCCCCUCCCUCCCUGUCUCUCUAGAUCCCUCUGUCCCUCCCUGCUUUUCUCAGCUCCCUCCCUCUCUCUCCUUCCUUCCUCUCUCAGCUCCCCUCUUCCCACAGCACCACAUCAUGACAGCUGCAAUCAGCGCAGGCCCCUCUUCUCGCCUCACCCCUCCCCUCUCCUCUCCUCCUCUUCUUUCCUCUCUUCCCCAUGUUUGCGAACACUUCCCAGCGCUCCGAAGUGUUCUCGCAGUGCCGAGUGAUAUUCCCACAGGGGAGGGACGGAGAGAGGAAGGUAGAGAAAGAUAGAUGGCAAGAGAGGGGGAGCGGGGGAAAGAUGGGGGGGAAGCGGGGGAAGAUGGGUGUUUGUGUGUUUUUGGUCAACCCCAAGUCUGCCCUUGUCAAAGUGUCAGAUAUUAUUAUUGUUCCCACUGUACAGGCUCAGUCUUGUAUACGUUAUGCAUGCAGAUGGAAAGGAUUACAUACAUUAUGCAAUAUUAUUUAAGUACUACAGGCUGGUGGUUGCUAGGCUGUUGCUAUGGAUUGCUGCUAUUUCGAGCACCCCAUUUACACAGUUUUUGACCAGUUUGACUUUCACAGCCAGAGACCAACACACAGUUUUUUACGUAUUAAUAGCUUAUUUGCUAGUAGUCUCGUCCGCCAGCCGAUUCUCUCUCUCUGUAUAUGUGGUAGCGGUUAGCCUGAGGACGAUAUUAAUUUGAUAGGGACAGAUACAAUUAAAAACAUUGACACAUUGGAUGUCAACAGUCAAGUAUAUUGCACCAUUAUUAAUAUGCUGUAGCAAUGCACUAAUUUACAAUACCAGCCCACCAGUCACCAUAAUCUCCCUGUUCUGUGGAAGUUCCCCAUCCUCUAUUUCUACCUCUAUUCUUAUAUACAACACAACUUAGCAAAUGUAUUAAUUAUGAGUAUACACUGAUUAUACCAAACAUUUGUCGGGGCAUGGAGAUGUCGAAAGCGUUCCACAGGGAUGCUGGCCCAUGUUGACUCCAAUGCUUCACACAGUUGUCACGUUGGCUGGAUGUCCUUUGGGUGGUGGACCAUUCUUGAUACACACAGGAAACGGUUGAGCGUGAAAAACCCAGCAGUGUUACAGUUCUUGACACAAACCGAUGCACCCGGCACCUCCUACCAUACCCCGUUCAAAGGCACUUCAAUCUUUUGUCUUGCCCAUUCACCCUCUGAAUGGCACACAUACACAAUCCAUGUCUCAAGGCUUAAAUAAUUGUUCUUUAACCUGUCUCCUCCCCUUCAUCUACACUGAUUGAAGUGGAUUUAACAAGUGACAUCAAUAAGGGAUCAUAGCUUUCACCUGGAUCCACCUGGUCAGUCUAUGUCAUGGAAAGAGCAGGUGUUCUUAAUGGUUUGUACACUCAGUGUAUAUCUCCUGCAGAGCUCUUGGGCCUCUCAGUGCUGAACUGGAUAAACUCAAGGCUCAACACUGAGCUCUGUAGAAGAACUGAACCAGAGAGUCUGUGAAGGAAAUUAUAAGGGUGGUGAUGAAUGCCAUUCAGUUAGAAUGGCGGUGAUCCAUGCCUCUGAAAAUGCCCAGUGUGCUUGGCAGAGGUGACUCACUUAAGGCCAGAGGGCAUUUUUCUCAUUAGACUCAGUCUCUGACUCUGACCAGUUGGGUGUGGCUUCCAAAAACUGAGGGAGUGAGAGGUGAGAGAGCUGGGUAGGAUAUGUGUUGUGGUGUCAGAAGGAAAUGGAGGGUUAAUGGGGAUGAAUGAGGGACUACAUGUGCAGGCAAGAGGCACACAUACACACCGGUGCCUUGUCGCCGUCGGUGCACACAUACCGGGUGGUACACAUACACUUGGUGUCCUGUCCAUAUUUUUAGAACAUAAAUACUCAUUUGUGUGCCAUUUAAGUUGAAAGAAAUGAAGAAAAAAAGAGUGUUCCAUUUAAGAUUCCCUCUGCUUUUCUCACGGUGUUGUCUUUCUGUGUCCCCGCUCACAGAGCAGAGAACCACCCAGCAGGGCCAGGUGUACUUCCUCCACACCCAGACAGGCGUCAGCACAUGGCAUGACCCCCGAGUGCCCAGGUACAGUCUGCUAUGAACACACACACUCACCUCCAUGUCUUUCUCUCGCUCUCUGUCUCUCUCUCUGUCUCUCUCUCUGUCUCUCUCUCUCUCUCUCUCUCUCUGUCUCUCUCUCUCUGUCUCUCUCUGUCUCUCUCUGUCUCUCUCAAUUAGCUUUAUUGGCAUGACGUAACAAUGUACAAAUUGCCAAAGCUUACUUUGGAGAUUUACAAUAUUAACAUAAUUAAAAUAAUAAUAAUCAAUAUUGUCAAUGGGACAACAGUAACAACAAUAAUCAAGUUUCAAAAUAACCAUACAUAUAACAAUCUCUCUCUCUUUCUCUUUCACUGUCGCGCUCUCUCUGUCGCGCUCUCUCUGUCACUCCCUCUCUCCUCUCCAGGCAGACUUCCUUGUUUCAGUCCGUUUUCUUCUGUUUGGUGCCUAAUGAACACAACCCUGCUUGUGUACCCUGACCUUUCCUCACCUUCCUUAACUGUUUUGCACAAAGGUUCAAUUGAACACUCCACUGAGUAUUUCUUGUUUAUUGAUGAGCUAAUACACAAGCACAGCGAUUUAUCCCAAAUAAUUACCAUAUUGAAGUCUUGAUCUUCAGAGAUUCUAUGUCCUUAAGAUUCAACCUUGAAUCAUGGUCAUUUGGCCCAGAAUGCUUUACAAACACCCAUUAUGUCAUGAAACAGUUUAGCCAGGCAUGUGCAGACUGUUUUAGUGAUGAGUCCUUAGUGGACAGUUAAAACAUCCCACUUCAGGGUUUAGGUUUCAACAGAAAAUAAUGUAGGUCUAUGGGGGAGAUAGGGAAUUAUUGGAAUUUAUUCAAGUGUUUUCUCAGAUGUUUUGCGAUCGAUCCAACUCUGUUGAGUUGAAUUUAGGCACGCCUCUGGGAUGUCCUUUUUAUACUUAGAAGAAAAGAUUGUUGUAUACUGGGAAAAGAGAAUUAGCACUCAAUAAUCCUACCUAACUGGUAGAAUAAAUAUGGAUAGCAAUAGUGGACUGUGUUUACAAGUCGAUUUGUACUAUAAUAACCUGGUUCUUACACUAUAAAAGAUAAUAUACUCUCAUUAACCUAGAUGAUUAAUACUUAAUAAAGUAUAAUGAUAAUAAUAGUUGUAAAUACUGCAUUAUUAUACUCAUUGUGUUAUACCCUUGUUGUUUUAGCACCCUAGGUUGAGUGAGCAAUGGAGUUAUGUGGUUAUGGUUUAGUUGUGUUCAUGGUCUCCUGUGGUCCUAUUUUCUUGCCCAGGGAUCUGAGCAACGUCAACUGUGAGGAGCUGGGUCCUCUGCCGCCGGGCUGGGAGAUCCGCAACACGGCAACGGGACGUGUCUACUUUGUGGACCACAACAACCGAACCACGCAGUUCACCGACCCACGCCUCUCCGCCAACCUCCACCUGGUCCUCAAGUGAGUGCAAACACUGUCACUGUUUCAGGCUGUGACCUUUGACUCGAGCAGGGGUCUUUACUUCUAAUCUAGUGGUCUACUCAGGGGUUUUGUUGUAACUGAAAACACUGGGGUUGCUUAUUUUCUAGAUCACAGUAAAAUGUCAUGGUAGCAGAAAUGUUGAGGAAGAAUUCUACCUGCUGCUAGUGAAUCCGUCUGCUGUGUGAUAGCCCAAGGUCUUUUUGUACUAUUUUAUCUCACUGUUGUUUUGUUGCUCUCUCUCGCUCUCUCUUUCUCUCUCCCUCUUUCUCCCUAGUCCAAACGCCCGGUCCAAACGGCCCCGGUCCAAACGGCCCUGGUCCAAACGGCCCUAGUCCAAACGGUUCCCGCGUGGCCAUGGAGAGCCAGAGCCAGAACACUAACCUCAGGUAACCCUCCACCCUACACACACACACACACACACCACACACACACGCACACACACACACACACACACACACACACACACACUUCAGGGGGUGACACAACGACACUGACACACACCACUCAACCAGACACACGUGUGUGCAAACUCUGCAACCUUUCACCAUACACACACACACACACACACACACACACACACACUGACACACACACAUCACGACAGCAGUGUAAGUUCAGGCUGAAAAAAACGCUGACACGUGUGACCCUACCAGUGGGCCGUCUCUGUGUGUAGCUUCGCCACUGUUGAUUUUCAUGUAUGCCAUUCAGGUUCACCAAACACACACACACUCCUGGCUGUCUGUUUGUGCGCAAGCAGUCGUGAGUGAGCUGCCUCAGCUGAACCACAGGUAGUGGCAUGCCAUUAAAGGCCUCUGGGCUGGAGCCAUCCCACUACUGAGGAAACUCACUGUAAUGUGGAUCAGAUGCUGCUAGGCUAGAGCUCUCUGCAGUAAGCCAGCAGGUAGGUAGGUGUGUGUGUGUGUGUGUGUGUGUGACGUGACGUGUCGUGCGUGCAUGCUGGUAUUCCCCCCUGAGUAGCUGUUCAAACACCAGCCGUGUACCGUGCGCCCCAGUGGAACGGUCCAGUUAUCACGCUAUUACCCACGCUGCUUUGCACACGGAGGGAGCAGGUGAAGGGACUGUUUUGUUUAGCAGUAUCUAAACCCCGUUUGGAACGGGGUAAAUCUAAGCUAUGAUAUAGAGAGCUUGAUAUGAUUUUUCAGUCGAAACCUUGCAAUAACAGCGCCUGGCACGAGAUGCGUGUUUGUGAAAUCAACAUCUGGUCGUUCGGCACAAAUAGUAUCCAUGUGUGUCAAAAUGGCCGCCGGUAGGGGAGCUAGCUUAGUGAGUUUACGGUGAUGCACAACGCUGUCUUAUUCCCUUUUGAGGGCAAUAUUUGCACCACUCUGAAAGAAGCUGCUUUUGGAUACUUGGAAUGUCGUUUUUAUUCACAGAUGAGGGAAAAGUAAAGCAAUACAAACCAAAGUAAUAAACUACCACAUAUUGUAGACUUGCAUAAUAUACAUUUGGUGGCAGCAGUCGGCUCCAAUAGUGUCUUAUUUAAUUGGCUAUGUUUAGGCCUUUGUUGUACCUCAAAGUGUGUUACAUCACUAGUCACUACCCUAUCGUGUUCUAGUGUUUAGUGCUGUUUAGUAUUUUUAAAAGACACCAAAUACUGUUAGAGAGCUGUCUGUGUAGCUGUGUAAGUAGAUACAAGUAGGGAUAAGCACCUGUGUGCUGAGCACAGGUGUGUUAGUGUGUGUGUGUGUGUAUGUUAAUGUGUGUUAGUGUGUGUGUGCUGAGCACAGGUGUUUUAAUGUGUGUGUGUGUGUGUGUGUGUGUGUGUGUUACUUUUCUCCUCAGAUGGCAGUUAGUCAGGAGCCAAUCGUCUCUCUCCCUGGAAUUUAACCCCCAGACUACUAGUGUACACUCCAUUUAAGCAAUGCUACAAUGCGGCAACAUUUCUUCCACCCCCUCAGUCAGUACCCUUCUAUGAAGACACAAUUUUCUAUAUUUUAUUGCUUUGUUGGCACUCGCACAAUCGUGUUUUAUUGGGUAUUAAAAGCAUUUAGCAGAACAUGGACAUCUUGUUUGAUUGUUGACUGGUUCUAAGCCGGAACUAUAAACAGUCCUUAUUGACUGACAACAGGCAAGUAAACAGACCAAGUGAGACCAGAUGAUGCAGCUGAUAGAAGAUUGUCUGGGGAGCAGAGUGAGUUAUCUGUGACCGGGAGGGAGGACAAAGUGUGUGUGUGAACCCUGUUUUAAGAAUUGAGUGUGUGUGUGUGUGUUUGCACAAUGAUGUGUGAGUUUAUGAUUGUGUGUGUAUGCAUGUUUACGUGUGUGUGUGUGUGUGUGUCACCCCCUCCAAACAUUGAGGGCUCCCCUGGCUCCAGUAACACCCCUACUGGCCCAUCCCAGAAAGCUCUGCUCUGAGCUGCUGGAAAACAUAUUAGCUAGCUAGCCUAGCCUAGCCUAGCGGUGCUGCAGCCAGGCCUGGCCUGCCAUCAGCAGCACAUCUGUCUUCGAUCAGCCCCAGGAUUUCAGAAUAUUUCACCCAACAACCGCCGUGGCCCACAACACGCUUGAUAAAUGUUUUUUCGCUGGGAUUCCUUGGGCCAUUUAAUUUUGUUUCAGAGAGGACAUGCUGUAGAUGAUGACCUCACCAUAAGUGUUACCUCACUGUUAAAGACUGUGUGGUGACAGUAUGCUGUGUUGCAGUGUGUGUGACCCCUAGAAAAACGGAAAGGUACAGAGUCCCUAGCUAAUGCUGCUAUGGUUUUUGAUUGAGGUUUCGAGUUCUUAUUUGAUUCCAUGUAAGGCAAAGGUAGGAAAAUAGCCUGACCACUUAUUGGCGUGUUUAACAUAGGAUUUUGUCAUUAUCGCUACGUUGUCACACUUUACAAGGCUGGAAAGAAGUUGGAAAGGAAGGAAUUCAAUGCAUAGUUGUAUACCAGACAGAGGGAGAGAUUUAGAGAAUGAGAGAGCGCGAGAGAAAGAAGGAUGUGGAAGGAGAGGAAUGUGAGAGUUAUGCGCCAAAGUGCAGACUACUGUUCUGCAAUGAGGUUCCUCUCUUCCCUCUUCUUCUCCUCUCUUCCCUUUCUUCUCGCUCUUUCUCUCCUCUUCUCUUCUCUUUCUCUCUCCUCUCACCUUCGCUCUCGCCAUCUCUCUCUCCUCUUUCUUUCACUCCUGCGUUCUCCACCCUACCUAGACUAGUGGCCAGGAAAUGAAGGGAUGCUGUAGUGGAGAGCGAGUGAUUGGAGGAGAAAAGGAGACAGAGGAAUGGAGAGAGUAAGGGGUAGAAUAAGAUGCGAUUUGUGAGAGAUAGAGGUAGUGGUAAUAGAGGUGUGAUUGGAUGUGGAGGAAAGGGAGAGGGAGUGAAUGAAAGGAGGAGAGUAAUGGAGGAAUGAAAGAAGAGUGAUGGAGAAGAGUAGAAAGAUGAAUUCAUUUUAAUCAGAUAAUCAAAAAGACUGAGAUGACAGACUAACCCACUGCUAGUGGUUUGGGGGUCAGUGGGAUAGAAAGAUAAUCGAUAGAAUAGAGAAAAAAUUGAUUAUAUUUCUAUGAUCGAGUGGAGUGGCAUUUGCCUGCUGUUUUGUCAACACAGCACCGACCAUUUUUUUUAUUUGACUGGCUGGUUCAGCCUCAGACUGGAAAAUACCUUCAGACUGCUAGUCUCACACAUCCACAUUGCUGUGGUCUGCACUCAGCCACAGUGUCUCCUGUCGCUCACAUGUAUAUUUCUGCAGCAUUACGUCAAUGUCUGCGUUAUAUUUUUCAAGCAAGUCGUUUAUAUUUGGUGCGCAUGAGGCGUUGAACUUACCUGGUGAAAUGAAGGCGAGUGAAUGAAUAAAAUAAUUGUCUUUAUAAGCGAUCUUUAUAUAUUUGAAGUUAAUGUUUUGUGUUUUCUUUGUGUCACAGUGUGUGGCAUAUAGAUGCUGAUCACCUACCAACCAGUAAGAAUUCCGGCUCUCAAACAGACUCCAACCUCUCCACAAUGGCCAAGACCAGAGCGCUGUGUAAGGACAUCAGGGAUAAAAUUGUAGACCUGCACAAGGCUGGGAUGGGCUACAGGACAAUAGGCAAGCAGCUUGGUGAGAAGGCAACAACUGUUGGCGCAAUUAUUAGAAAAUGGAAGAAGUUCAAGAUGACGGUCAAUCACCCUCGGUCUGGGGCUCUAUGCAAGAUCUCACUUCGUGGGGCAUCAAUGAUCAUGAGGAAGGUGAGGGAUCAGCCCAGAACUACACGGCAGGACCUGGUCAAUGACCUGAAGAGAGCUGGGACCACAGUCUCAAAGAAAACCAUUAGUAACACACUACGCCGUCAUGGAUUAAAAUCCUGCAGCGCACGCAAGGUCCCCCUGCUCAAGCCAGCGCAUGUCCAGGCCCGUCUGAAGUUUGCCAAUGACCAUCUGGAUGAUCCAGAGGAGGAAUGGGAGAAGGUCAUGUGGUCUGAUGAGACAAAAAUAGAGCUUUUUGGUCUAAACUCCACUCGCCAUGUUUGAAGGAAGAAGAAGGAUGAGUACAACCCCAAGAACACCAUCCCAACCGUGAAGCAUGGAGGUGGAAACAUCAUUCUUUGGGGAUGCUUUUCUGCAAAGGGGACAGGACGACUGCACCGUAUUGAGGGGAGGAUGGAUGGGGCCAUGUAUCGCGAGAUCUUGGCCAACAACCUCCUUCCCUUAGUAAAUGCAUUGAAGAUGGGUCGUGGCUGGGUCUUCCAGCAUGACAACGACCCGAAACACACAGCCAGGGCAACUAAGGAGUGACUCCGUAAGAAGCAUUUCAAGGUCCUGGAGUGGCCUAGCCAGUCUCCAGACCUGAACCCAAUAGAACAUCUUUGGAGGGAGCUGAAAGUCCGUAUUGCCCAGCGACAGCCCCGAAACCUGAAGGAUCUGGAGAAGGUCUGUAUGGAGGAGUGGGCCAAAAUCCCUGCUGCAGUGUGUGCAAACCUGGUCAAGACCUACAGGAAACGUAUGAUCUCUGUAAUUGCAAACAAAGGUUUCUGUACCAAAUAUAAAGUUCUGCUUUUCUGAUGUAUCAAAUACUUAUGUCAUACAAUAAAAUGCAAAUGCAUUACUUAAAAAUCAUACAAUGUGAUUUUCUGGAUUUUUGUUUUAGAUUCCGUCUCUCACAGUUGAAGUGUACCUAUGAUAAAAAUUACAGACCUCUACAUUCUUUGUAAGUAGGAAAACCUGCAAAUUCGGCAGUGUAUCAAAUACUUGUUCUCCCCACUGUAGAUGCAUUUUUAUGUAACCUAAAUACUGUAAACGUCCUGUCUGUAAACAGAGUGUUAUAUUGUCAGGGUCUUUGGAUGGGUCUUUGUAUUUUUAGUUUCAUGUUUUGUUUGUGUCUUUGUGGCAUAUAGGUGCAUUUUAUGUAGCCUAAAUACUGUAAACAUCCUGUCUGUAAACAGUGUUAUUGUCAGUGUCUAUGGGGGCUCUGAUUGAGUGUCAGACAGUGAGGCAGCCCCAGGCUUGUGAAAGCUACCUUUGUGGGGCUAGGGUAGUCCUUGGAUGACUUGGAUGUGCAAUACUUCCCUUGUCUUCCCUUAGGGAGAACUUAGCCAUCCAUUCCCAUUCACUGCCAAUGGGAACAUCUCCCCUCCUUUCCGGAGCCAGGGAAGAUGAUUGAGGGUUGACCUCCAGCGCCACGGCACGCCACACACACUCUCCUUUGUGGGUAGUAGUCAGCACGGCAGCGCCGCUUGGACGACCCUUGGCGGCCUUCUCCCCACUGUUCACACCAAGUGUAAAGGGCCAGGGAGAGAGAGGUUAUAGCGGGCUAGUGCUCCCAGCACCCGCCAGCGCCAGGCUCAAUAAAGGAGCUUUUGAUUCGCUGGGACCUCUGUACCGAACCUGUGCCAACUUCAUGAUCGUGACCGCUUCGGUCCAGCGAAUCCUGUUCUGGCAACACUUGCUCUCGCCUCGCCUUGUUCUCCUACCUUGGAAUAACAAUAAUACUCCUAGAUUGAAUUUGAAAGUUUGUCUUUCUACCCGGAUAGUCGUAUUUCAUCGAGGCCCGUCCCAGAAAGGAACCCUCGACUCUUUCCCCUCGUGUGUCUCCGUGCCAGAGUGAUUUUUGACUGAGCCGCACUUGUACUUCUAUAUUUACAGUUAGAAAUAUGCCGAGGUCAUUCCGAAUUGGGAACCCGAGACGGCGAAAUAUGCGAAACUUAUUUUUAAUUACACCGUGCCCUGGACGAAAACGCUCAAAUGAUGCUUUAUUAUAUGGUUCAAGGGCUUCCCAACCCGAGCCAAGAGAAACUCAUUCCAUUUUGUUUAAGGGCCUCUUUUCCGUGUGUGUCUUCCUAAAGUGGUUUUCAGCCCUGCGAGCCGAGCCUUACCCUCACUUUGACAUGGAAGGGCCUCGACACUGCCAAUAAAAUAAAUACCAGCUGACUUGAUUAUACAGGGAUACCGACCGGCGGAACACUGGGCCCGUUUAGUUUGGAGAACUCCAAAUAUAACACUUAUUUUUUUCCCACCCCUGAAGAAUGAGGGAGUGACGGGGUGAACGAGGGUGUGUGAGAAAGUGUGUGGGUGGCUAUGUUCUGUUCUGUCUGUGGCCUCCCCUCUCAGACACAGGUUUAAAGAACUUCCUCUCUGUGAACCACAACUGUACUUCUACUGGACAGUAGGUCCUUUUAUUAGGAGCUCCGUCUUCUGUAUAGUACUGUCCUGUUGGAAACUCUGGCCCUUUUUUUUUGUUGUUGAGUGAAUUGUGUUUUUACGAGGCCCAUCCAGGCAUGUAACCAUCCCAUACGGGCAUAGAUUGACGUGGGUACAGGGCCAGGGCAGCGGUGGCCCCAGCCGCGGUUAGCCAGGGGCAGGGUGGCAGAGGGCAGCGACGAAGGCGCCAGUUUCACUUUGAAGGCGCUUUGAGGCUUUAAAGGGAAACGGAGGUGUCUUACCAAGCGAAGCUUGCAUAUUUAAUUAGUCUGCCAGCACCGAAUGAGAGGGAAGGAGAGAAUGAGGUGGCGGAGGGCAAAAGGCAGACAGACCACAACUCCCUCUCGUCUACCACGAGCUGAGAGCCCAGAGGCGCCAGCCACCAGCACCUCACAGCUCACAACACUUGGCCUUUGUGUGCAUCUCUUUUUCUUCUCUUUCUUUCUUUCUCUUGGCCCUGUGGUAAUAUCACCUUGACGUGCAGUGAAGUCCCAGUCUAGCCAAAGAUCUAGUUCAGAUUGACUCUGAGAUUUGGGGAGGAGAAAUAGCAGAGGGGGGGUUCUAUAAAGUUCCAGUUAAAGGGCUUGUCGGAAGUCCUAAGGUUUCCCUGAAGGGGUUCUUUUGAACACGUGCACUUUUAACCCCGUAUUCUCCACAGUCCACACCACCUCUCUCUCUUUCUCGCUCUCUAAAUUCAAAUAAGCUGCAUUGCCAUUAAAGGAGCAGUCCACUAUUGCCAAAACAAUACACAAUAGAGCGAGAGAAAGAUAGUGUUAAUCAUUUCAUACCAUAUUUUUAUAAUUGUCUUGUGUUUGAUGACUCCCGAGUGACGCAGUGAUCUAAGGCACUACAUCGCAGUGCUAGCUGUGCCACUAGAGAUCCUGGUUCGAAUCCAGGCUCUGUCGUAGCCGGCCGCGACCGGGAGACCCAUGGGGCGGCGCACAAUUGGCCCAGCGUCGUCCAGGGUAGAGGAGGGAAUGGCCGGCAGGGAUGUAGCUCAGUUGGUAGAGCAUGGCGUUUGCAACGCCAGGGUUGUGGGUUCGAUUCCCACGGGGGGCCAGUAUGAAAAAUAAAAAAAAUAAUGUAUGCACUCACUAACUGUAAUUCGCUCUGGAUAAGAGCGUCUGCUAAAUGACUCAAAUGUAAAAUGUUUGAUUUCAUAUUGCAUUCUUUUACUGUUAACAUUUUAUCAUUUCUGCUCGUGUCUCCCUCCCCAGUAGUCGUCAGUCGAACCAGUUGAAGGAGCAGCAGCCCCCCCCGCAGGUCCCGGUGUUGUGCCCAGCCCAGCUCCCCGAGGAGGCCGAGUGCCUCACCGUGCCCAAGUACAAGAGGGACCUGGUGCAGAAGCUCAAGAUCCUCCGGCAGGAGCUGUCCAAUCAGCAGCCCCAGGCAGGACACUGUCGCAUCGAGGUCUGCCGCGAGGAGAUCUUUGAGGUAAACUAAGGGACCCUGUGUGAAAACCCUGUACAAGUGUAUGAUUGAUGGCUUAAUUUAUACUGUAUCGUAAUGGAUUGCAUUUGCAUGUAUAUAGGUAGUGCUUUUUCACUUUACAUUGAGAGGCAUAACUCACUCAUCUACCACAAAUCAAGCAUACAUUUUAAAGUAGCCUACACACAACUUCCUAAUAUUGCCCUCAGAACAGACUCAAUUUGUCAGGGCAUGGAAUCUACAAGGUGUCGAAAGCGUUCCACUGGGAUGCUGACCCAUGUUGACUCCAACGCUUCUCACAGCUGUGUCAAGUUGGCUGGAUGUCCUUUGGGUGGUGGACCAUUCUUGAUAGACACGGGAAACUGUUGAGCGUGAAAGACCCAGCAGCGUUGCGGUUCUUGACAGCCCUGUGCGCCUGGCACCUACUACCAUACCCCGUUCAAAGGCAGUUCAAUAUUUUGUCUUGCCCAUUCACCCUCUGAAUGGCAGACAUACACAAUCCAUGUCUCAAGGCUUAAACAUCCUUCUUUAACCUGACUCCUCCCCUACACUGAUUUUGAAGAGGAUUUAACAAGUGACAUCAAUAAGGGAUCAGACUAUGUCAUGGAAAGAGCAAGUGCUCUUAAUGUUUUGUAUACUCAGUGUACACACUCAAAUGCAUACAUGUAAAAACUGAUAAUACAGUGCAUGCUCAUAAAACCCAAACAAGCCUUUAUACUGUAAGAAGUGAAAAUAUAUCUAAACAUACUUAAACACACUCCGUUACAAGUUUCAAACAUGCACACCCAUACGAUUUCUAGGUUGCUUUGCACCCAUUUACAGUCUACAAGAAAAGGCCUACGACAACUGUGCAGUUUCGAUUCGCAGUAUAAACCAAGCCAAAAAGGCCCCUUCAAACACCACAGCUCCAUCUUUCCUUCUCCUCCUCCCAAUCCUCUGUUCUUCCACGGCAAGGCAUUCUUUCAGGAUGAGAGAGUGGGAGGGAGGCCGUAGUGGCAAGUUUCGGGGACAGACAUCGCUCGGCGGUACAAUUUGAGCAAUGAGAAAAUAUGACUCAAUCCUCGGGACGUGACAGCCAGGGGGAAACCAAGUGCGAGAAAGCAAAGCGAGUAUGUGUGUGUGCACCCUGCCUGCGAUUGAGUCUGGUUUUCAACAGGGACUGAUGGCAUUGUUUGCAACUGACCAGUGCACUGUAAUUUCCUAACUAAUAACCCUUGCUUCUCCUCGAGCCUGCUUCCUGUGCGUUGCUGCAUUCACAGUUGCAACACUCCUCACAGCUCUGUGCUGUGGUGGCAGGAGUUUGUUUUUGAGGGAGGGGGAGGAGAGAGAGAGCGAGCCUUUACGUAAUGUAAAGGGUGCUAGUGCACAUAGAGCCCACACACACACUCUCUUGCCCAGGCACAGAUGUCAUGGUGUUGGUGCAUUCCUGCUGCUUUCCCCCAGGCACCACUAGGGCCUAGUCUACCAGGAGAGAGAGAACAAGAGAGCGAGAAAGAGGGAAAGCGAAAGAGGAGAGGAGUGUAGUGCUGUCAAACAGUUCUGGAUAGUGAGUCUACUAAUCUGAGGGAGUAUUAUGACAAUGGUAAAUUGUCGACUGCAUAUUGUUGUACUCUCUGCCCCACUUAAAAAAAUAAAACGAUUUUGGUGGAAUUCGGAUCCGGCACAUUGUAAUCCACUGUUGCUCUUAUUGCUGUAUAAAACAACUCACUGUUUAGAACAGAAACAGUAUGAUUGAGGGUCAAGAUGAAUGGCCUGCAGGUUGGCCCAUUUUAAGAUUAGGGGUGUAUUCCUUAGUGCAAACUGUAGCAAAACAUUUUGCAACAAAAACUAGAGUUUCUAUUGGAUCAAUUCAGGUAGGACCCUCCCCGUUUGGUUCCGUUUGGUUCCUAGUGAACACACCCAAGGUUAACAUACCCAUGCCCUCGUUUGUUGUGUUACAGGAGUCGUACCGCCAGGUGAUGAAGAUGCGUCCCAAGGACCUGUGGAAGAGACUGAUGGUCAAGUUCAGAGGAGAGGAGGGCCUGGACUACGGAGGAGUGGCCAGGUACUGCAGUCAUCCACACCAGGCUCAAACACUGUUCAGUAAUACCAUGAGGUCCACCUAGUGAGCAAAACAGUCAAUCAAUGGUUUUCAAUGUCUUUUCAACCAAAAACAUGACUUUUCAACAUAUUUUGCUCAUAGGGCAGUAGUCCAGAAACAAACAACCUCUGUGGAAAUUCACGUUAAAAAAGCUUUUGUGGGGCGUGUGGCCAACAUGCAACCCAAAAUAAUGGUGUGUUUAUUAUGCUGUUGUCACGUGACUGACAAGAUGUCUGUCUGUCCAAUAGGGAGUGGCUGUACCUGCUGUCCCAUGAGAUGUUGAACCCCUACUACGGCCUGUUCCAGUACUCCAGAGACGACAUCUACACCCUGCAGAUCAACCCCGACAGCGCUGUCAACCCGGUGAGAAAUGGAUACAUAGAGAGACACAUAAUAACAGAGAGGAGGAAGGAGAAUGAGCCGCAUACAGAAUUCCGGAGAGAGGGAGACUGAAGGAGGUGGAGAUAUGGGGAGAAUGUGAAUAGCAUUUUCUUGAUUCCUCGUGAACUCAUUGGAUGAGAAGGUCAGAGGGGAGGGACCUCGGUAUAAUAAGCUACAUUUAUAUCAAGCUUUUCUCUACAACACAAUAGUGACCACACUCACACGUCAAUCCCCAAAAUAUGCAUCGAUGCCAACCUCAUCUCUCCCUUCCUCUCCUCCAGGAGCACCUGUCCUACUUCCACUUUGUGGGUCGUAUCAUGGGCAUGGCGGUUUUCCACGGCCACUACAUAGACGGGGGCUUCACCCUGCCCUUCUACAAACAGCUGCUGGGGAAACCCAUCACCCUGGACGACAUGGAGUCAGUCGACCCAGACCUCCACAACAGCCUCGUCUGGAUCCUGUGAGUAGGAGACACCGAUGCAAGCAGACACAUACAAGGCUCUAAAGUGCGACCAUUUUGGGCGCAUAUGCUCCUAAAUAUUUUGCUGUGUGACUUGGAAUGUUAAUUUGGGAGCAUCAGUGGGCCUAGAAAAAAAAAACUGCCAGAUAAUAAUUGUUGUAAUGAUUAGGCUUCACUGUAUCGCUGUUUCCGAGUGCCCUAGAGAAGAAAAAAAAAACUAUUCUCGUCUCUAUCCCAAACUGUUCAAAGGUUGUGACCCAUAUUAUCUGCGCUACAUUUCUUCCUUCUAUAGCGCAUUGGCGCUGCAGCUGGAAGCAUCUCCAGUGACAGGACGCAUUUUACAUUCAUAAACCAUGUCGUGGGCCGUUCUAAAAUGACUCGCGUGCCGUUAACACCUUGUUCAGUCAUGGUACCUUAUUAGCUAGCUAGCUAACAACCUGGUAACUUUACAAGUAUAUGCAAACAUUUGGGGGCACUGAAAGAAUGGAAAAGGGAUAGCUUCUUCAGAAGAUCAAUGAUCAUAGCAAUGAAUUAAUGACUGAUUUGCAUGUUGUCAAUCAAAUGUCACUGACAUUCUUAAAGAGACAGUGUACAAUUUUCAAUAUAAUGCAUCUCAAUAGGAAACAGUGCUUUUACACAAUGUAGAAACCUAAUUAUAAUAAACAAAUGCCUUUACAGGCUUACAUAUUAGUUUCUAGGGCACAAAAUCUGCUUAAAAAAUUGCUAGAAUUCAUAUAGGCCCAAUAAAGGCUAUCUCAAUCAAUUAAAAAAUCGUAUUUUCUAGUGGUCCUAAAUUGUAUGUGGUGUUCCUAACUUUAAGUUGGGAGCACCAGUGCAAAAAAAAAUGAUUUUAGAGCCCUGGACACGUACACACACAGAUGCACACAUAUACACACAGACACAAUUAUGCACAAUUGAACUUACGUGAACACCCGGAGACAUACAUACAAGCACAGCCAUACAUAUUCAUACACACACAGGAUAGCAUGUGUGUAAUGUUUGAGUUUGCACUUGUAUACAAACUCCAACCUUAAACUGACAUGUUGUUGGUUGUUUUGUAUCCAUGAAAUGCCACUAAAACAACGCCAUGAACAAACUACUCUCCCAUCAACACUAGUGCCCUCUGUUGACAAGACAUCCUAAAACGUCCAACUAUUAACUAACAUUUCCGUCUUCUCCCCUCCAGGGACAAUGACAUUACAGGGGUGCUGGACCAUACAUUCUGUGUGGAGCACAAUGCCUAUGGAGAGAUCAUCCAGCAUGAACUGAAGCCCAACGGCAAGAGUGUCUCUGUCUCCGAGGACACCAAGAAGGAGUAUGUCAGGUAUGGAGGAGGAGACCGCAGCCGCUGCCUGGGUCCACGCACGCACGUACACACAACCAACACAAUACACACAGCAACCAUCAUCAUCAUCCCUCACAUCUCAAGUAUACACCUGAAACAUACCUUGUGAUGGAAUGAUGUCGUUUGUCUUACAAUCAAUGGGUGUCAUUUUUUAAAUUUGAUUUAACCUUUGUUUAUCCAGGUUAGUCUCAUUGUGAUACAAUGAAUUUUUCAAGAGAGACCUGGUCCAACCAAGACAGCAGCUACCAGCACAGUAGUCUCUUCCCCCAUCCGUAACUGAAGUUACGUCUGUCGGGAACAUAGGGGAUAUGAGGGUUAAGAGGAAUAAUUCCUCUGGCGCGCUGGUUUUUACGUCACUUGUUAUUUGGACGAAUCACGAUUAAGCGGAGAUGGUUUUUACCUGGCAUCUUUGAAUUUCGGAAGGGGAGGGAUUCUAUUGGCUCAUAGAUGGCCAAGGAUUUCAAAGGACUUCGCCUCUCGCACUAGGCCAAAUCUCAACGCCCCCCAGCACAGCACCAGACGUGUCCCCCAGCCCUGGUUUUGGUUGAACUGCUGUGUGGAUUUCACAUGUUGCAAUGUUGUAUUGACUUAGGUCUUACCUUCUCUCUCUCUCUCUCUCUAGGCUGUAUGUGAACUGGCGGUUCCUCCACGGCAUCGAGGCUCAGUUCCUGGCCCUGCAGAAGGGCUUCAACGAGGUCAUCCCACAGCACCUGCUCAAGUCCUUUGACGAGAAGGAACUAGAGGUAUGUAGACAGUUGCAUUUAACAUGGUUUAGGAAAGAAAUGAUUCACUUACUGGAAACAUGACAUCAUUUCUCAAGAGCAUACAUCUUUGUGUGGGUAUCCUGAAUGGGGGGAAAAAGGCUCCAUAAUGAAUCUGAGACCAUGGGAUAUACUUUUUAAAUGAAAUGAAAGGUGACAGCUAUCAUACUAUUUCCCACGAAUAUACACCCCUUCAAACCAUCUAAUCAACUAUUUUCUCCCCUCUCCUCCCUACCCCAGUUGAUCGUGUGUGGCCUGGGGAAGAUCGACAUAGCGGACUGGAAGAGCAACACACGUCUGAAGCACUGCACCACGGACAGCAACGUGGUCAAGUGGUUCUGGAAGGCCGUGGAGUCCUACGAUGAGGAGAGGAGGGCCAGACUGCUGCAGUUUGUUACCGGGUCAUCUAGAGUCCCACUGCAGGGAUUCAAGGCUCUACAAGGUAAAGAGUUGGGGAGUGUGUGUGUGUGUGUGUGUGUGUGUGUGUGUGUGGGGGGGGGGGGGGGAAUGGGAAUGGGUGGUGUGUUUACAGUGCCUUCAGAAAGUAUUCAUACCCCUUGACUUAUUCCGCAUUUUGUUGUUACAGCCUGAAUUCAAAAUUGAUUAAAUUGAUUUUUUUCUCACACAUCUACAGACAAUACCCCGUAAUGACAAAGUGAAAAUAUGUUUUUAGGAAUGUUUGCUAAGUUAUUGAAAAUGAAAUACAGAAAUUGCAAAUUUACAUAAGUAUUCACACCCCUGAGUCAAUACCUUUGCCUUUGGCAGCGAUUACAGCUGUGAGUCUUUCUGGGUAAGUCUCUAAGAGCUUUGCACACCUGGAUUGUACAAUAUUUGCACAUUAUUCUUUUAAAAAUUCUUCAAGCUCUGUCAAGUUGGUUGUUGAUCAUUGCUAGACAACCAUUUUUAAGUCUUGUCAUAGAUUUUAAAGCCGAUUUUAAGUCAAAACUGUAACUAGGCCACUUGUGGAACAUUCAAUGUUGUCUUAGUAAACAACUCCAGUGUAUAUUUGCCCUUGUGUUUUAGGUUAUUGUCCUACUGCAAGGUGAAUUUGUCUCCCAGUGUCUAUUGGAAAGCAGACUGAACCAGGUUUUCCUCUAGCAUCUUGACUCCCUAGUCCUUGCCGAUGACAAGCAUACCCAUAACAUGAUGCAGCCACCACCAUGCUUGAAAAUAUGAAGUGGUACUCAGUGAUGUGUUGAAUUUGGCCCAAACAUAACGCUUUGUAUUCGGGACAUAAAGUUCAUUUCUUUGCCACAUGUUUUUGCAGUUUUACUUUAGUGCCUUAUUGCAAACAAGAUGCAUGUUUUGGAAUAUUUUUUAUUCUGUACAAGCUUCCUUCUUUUCACUCUGUCAUUUAGGUUAGGAUUGAGGAGUAACUACAAUGUCGUUGAUCCGUCCUCAGUUUUCUCCUAUCACAGCCAUUAAACUCUUUAACUUUACAACUUAACUUACAGUGAAAUCCCUGAGCGGUUUCCUUCCUCUCCGGCAAAUGAGUUAGGAAGGACGCCUGUAUCUUUGUACUGACUUGGUGUAUUGAUACACCAUCCAAAUUGUAAUUAAUAACUUCACCAUGCUCAAAGGGAUAUUCCAUUUCUGCUUUUUUUGUUUGUUCUACCAAUAGGUGCCCUUCUUUGCGAAGCAUUGGAAAACCUCCCUAGCAAAGGGGUUGAAUACUUACUGACUCAAGACAUUUCAGCUUUAAUUUUUUAUUAAUUAGUUUUUAAAAAUUCCACUGACAUUAUGGGGUAUCGUGUGUAGGGUCAGUUACACAAAAUCUCAAUUUAAUCUAUUUUAAAUUCAUGCUGUAACACAAUAAAAUGUGGCAAAAGUCAAGGGGUGUGAAUACUUUCUGAAGCAACUGUAAGCAUCAUUAGCUUUUAAAACAAUUAAAUCUGUUUUCUUUUAUCAAAUUUUGGAGCAGAGUGAGGCUAUCGCUCCACUAGCCUACCUAUUGUACCUGCAGUGAGGAGGAUUCACCAUCUUCAUUGAUUGUUUUCAGAAUUUAUCUGCAGAUGAUCACCAAAAAGCCUACCAGUAUGCAAAUUAGGGAGCCAAAUGAACGGCUAUCUUACCAAUGCGACGUUGUAUGAUUUAUGAAUAGCAAGGAUAUAUGAGAUCGACUUUAUUCAGUCAGUUCGACACCAGUUCUAAACUAGUCAUGUUUUGUCAAUCAAAUCACAGUAAGCCUUUGCACUAGCACUUUGUGGCUGCAUAUGAAAUACGCGAAAGAAAAUAAAUGAAUGUGCCAGAAAACAAUAGGCUAAGUGGAUUUCGACUCAUCACCACAUUUAUAUGGGACGUGCAAAUUACAUUUACAUUUUAGUCAUUUAGCAGACGCUCUUAUCCAGAGCGACUUAGUUAGUGAGUGCAUACAUUUUUUUUUUUUUUUUCAUACUGGCCCCCCGUGGGAAUCGAACCCACAACCCUGGCGUUGCAAACGCCAUGCUCUACCAAAUUGACUCAUAGACGAUGGAAAGAGCAUCAUGCUCUCACCCUCCGUGUAAAGACAUGUGACUGUAACCACAGCGUACACAAAACACACACCCAGGUAGCGGGAGGCGGGACAGACAGCAGACUGUCAAACCAGCGGUGCAUCCCUGUCAUCGCUCACUUUGUGACUGACAGGCGCCUGUCCUAUCAAUAGAUCGCUAGAAUAUGUAAAAUUCUGACUUGCGAAUUGUAAAAAAAACGAAUUAAUUUAAGUGGGAAAAGUACCCAGCUGAAAGUGAGUUUGUAACUGGCUAUAUAGCCGACGGCCGAUGCUAGUGGAAAACACUGAUUCUCUCAGACUGCCUGAGGUGACCCCGUCUCCAUGACAGAGUCGUGGUCGACCUCAGUGGGUUUGGUUAAAUCCAGACAGACAGGAAGCCCUGGGGGAACAGAAGACCUCAGAGUGCAGCUGUGUGUGUGUUUCUGAGUGUGUGUUUUUGAGAGUUGAUCUUUUUGUGCAAGCCGUGUGUGCCUGUGUGUGUGAGUCUCUGUGUAUGUGUGUCUGCGUGUCGGUCUGUCUGUGUGCGCCUGCCUGUAUGUCUCUGUCUGUCUCUGUCUGUCUCUGUCUGUGUCUGAGGCCAACCCAGCUGGCUUUCUGAACGAAAAUAUACAGUAUAUCAAAUAUACACCCAGUGUUGUUAAAACAGCAGCCAUGUUUGUUCAUGUUCUAAACAGUGAGUUCAACUGGUCAACUGUCCUGAACUGUCUGACAUCUAUGUGUAGAGAAAUGUAAUGAUGGACAGCCUGAGAAUUUAUGCUGACUCUCUUUUUCUCGAUGGACAGCCUGAGAAUUUAUGCUGACUCUCUUUUUCUGUGUGUGUGUUACCCUCCAGGUGCCGCAGGGCCCAGGCUCUUCACCAUCCACCAGAUCGAUGCCAACACCAACAAUCUACCCAAAGCCCACACCUGGUGAGUACAGUUACAGUACCACCUCCCUCAGUGCCCCCUGCUCCACUUAGACACAUAGAUACACACUGCUACCCAAUACAUUUAACCUUUAUACAGGUUAGUCAAUUAACAACAUAUUCUUAAUAACAAUGAACUGUCAAUGAGACGAAGACAUGUUAUGAAAAGGGUGUCCAAUCUCUCAUUUAAUAUAGUAUUACCGGUUUUAAAUGCAUGUCCAAAUCCAAUAUUCAUGUUUUGUAUGUAGCACAGUUUAAAGAUAGAAUGAUCACUAAAUUAUCACAGUGAAUUAUUGAAAUGUUUGUUUGUGUCAGUUAAUCCCGUAAGGGAUGGGUUGCCAACUGGCAAUUUGACACAAAAAUAAAAUGUCAUUCAUUCAUCGAUAGGGGAAGUUAUAAAGGUGCUUCGAAACUGUCCACUCAAACUAAAAAUGUACUCCUCUCUCUUCCAAACUCUUUCUCUCCCCCUUUUCCCCUUCCCUCUCUGUCCAGCUUUAACCGGAUUGACGUUCCCGCCUACGAGCACUAUGACAAGCUGUACGACAAGCUGCUGACAGCCAUCGAGGAGACGUGCGGCUUUGCUGUGGAAUGA